CUGCGGGUGACCAGGGGCCGGCGAGAGGGCUUCACGCAAAUAAGAGCGAACAAUACAAAGUAAAAGAAAGUAAAAGUAAAGCAUUUAAAUGGAGCUACUGCCAGAGGCGGAAAGGAGCUGCCGCGGGCGUGGGUGUGUGUACCCGAGGGAGUUGAGAGAGUAUCUCUGAGGGGCGGAGACAGCUGAAAUAAGACUUUUGCUUUAGUAUUGCCUCGGUUUCAGGCUUCUAGAAGGAAAUCUCUACCUGCUCCGGCUUUGUGGUGGAACCUUAGUUCUUCCUUCAGUUUAACUUGGUUGUUUUCUUUCGUAUUUUGGUGGGGGGGGGGGAGAAUCCACGCUGUUGGAAGAAGUUUCCAAGCCCGGCUUCCUUUCAGUUUCCCCACACUGACUGUGAGGUUUAACUGCUUGUGCUUUAUAACGCAGUGUUGCUGAAGGCCAGAGGCCGAAGCCAGUGGCACCGUGGCCUCCCUCCCCGCCGAGGGCGCGCACGCUUUGGGUCGCGAAUGUCAGAGGUGGUGGGAGACUCAGCCAGUCCUAACUCGCCACACGUCUCUCACCGUGUAAGGUACAGCCUACAAGGGGUGGGGUGAGGACCCCGAGAAGCUGGUGUCUUGGGCUCCCUGCCCUCCGGGGUUUUUCUCCCAGACGCUGGGCCCGCCGCUGCCACUGCCGAGACUUAACAGUUUUAUGACUUUUUCGGACUUAAAUGGAAAUUUCUUGACUAAGGAAACCCAGUUCGCUCUCCCAUGCUUCGCGCCGCUGUCAGGCGGAGCCCCGGGGCAACUCGUUAACCGCGGAGGAGCCACUUUGUAGUUUUUAUGCCCUCCCCACACUCCACCCCCCGGGCUAGGAAGGAUGUCCGUUUACUCGAUGGCUUGCUACCUGAUGCUGGGAUGGAAAGUCACAGCCCGAAAGCUGGAGUGAGCCGCGGGGAGAUGCCCGCUCCCCGCCUCUCCGGCUUGGGAGUUGUGUCCUGCGGGUCUGCACACUGAACUGGCAGGAACCCUCCAGCUGUGCGGGAACCUGACCGCCACUGCGGGGAGCGUCGCCCUGCAGGGCAGGUCAGGGCCGUUGCCGCUCACACCCUUGCGCAAGGAUGGCGGGACCUGGCGCGGCAUCGUAGCGGCCGGAGUGAGCAGAGACCUGCAUCUCCAGUUUCUCCUCAGGGCACGAGACCGACUUACCUUACGGACAGCUCCCAAGCCCCCGAGAGAACUAAACAAAGUCGCGCCUAGGAGAGGGGCUUCCGAGCCCCGUCCCCUCUGGGGGAGGGGGCGGACGCAGUCUGGGCGUGAGGAAUCGAGUGCGAGAAGAAAGGGGGAGCCUGGGGCUGGGUGUGCGCGCGUGGGAGCGCGCCUCCGAGCGCCCCGCACUCCACGGGUCCAGCCUUGGGGGCACUUGGGAAGGAGGGAGUGAUAGCUGCGGGAAUAAGAGGGAGCAAGAGAAACCCUCUCAAAGUGACGCCCCCAAACAGGUCCUGAUUUUGAAUUUGGACCUAAAGACUGCUAGAAAUUGGGCCUCCUUCGCACACCCCUCUCCGCCCCCACCCCGAAGCCCCGGCGGUGUGCUGGCUGCUUGCUUCCCCGCCCCUAUCUCGGAGGUCGCGGGCCGGCGGGCUCUCCGUCGGCCGCGGCUUCCUCCUCGAAACCCGCCCGCGCGCAUGAGGCCGCUGCCCCCGCCACAGGCACUGGCGCCCCCCUCGCAGUGCCCGUGGUGAUGCCAUGCCCCGCCACCACGCGGGAGGAGAGGAGGGCGGCGCCGCCGGGCUCUGGGUGAAGAGCGGCGCGGCGGCGGCGGCGGGCGGGGGGCGCCUGGGCAGCGGCAUGAAGGAUGUGGAGUCGGGCCGGGGCAGGGUGCUGCUGAACUCAGCCGCCGCCAGGGGCGACGGCCUGCUGCUGCUGGGCACCCGCGCGGCCGCGCUCGGUGGCGGCGGCGGCGGUAGCGGCGGCGGCCUGAGGGAGAGCCGCCGGGGCAAGCAGGGGGCCCGGAUGAGCCUACUGGGGAAGCCGCUCUCGUACACCAGUAGCCAGAGCUGCCGGCGCAACGUCAAGUACCGGCGGGUGCAGAACUAUCUGUACAACGUGCUGGAGAGACCCCGCGGCUGGGCGUUCAUCUACCACGCGUUCGUUUUUCUCCUUGUCUUUGGUUGCUUGAUUUUGUCAGUGUUUUCCACCAUCCCUGAGCACACAAAAUUGGCCUCAAGUUGCCUCUUGAUUCUGGAGUUCGUGAUGAUUGUCGUCUUUGGUUUGGAGUUCAUCAUUCGAAUCUGGUCUGCAGGUUGCUGUUGUCGGUAUAGAGGAUGGCAAGGAAGACUGAGAUUUGCCCGAAAGCCCUUCUGUGUUAUAGAUACCAUUGUUCUUAUCGCUUCAAUAGCAGUUGUUUCUGCAAAAACUCAGGGUAAUAUUUUUGCCACGUCUGCACUCAGAAGUCUCCGUUUCCUACAGAUCCUCCGCAUGGUGCGCAUGGACCGAAGGGGAGGCACUUGGAAAUUACUAGGUUCAGUGGUUUAUGCUCACAGCAAGGAAUUAAUCACAGCUUGGUACAUAGGAUUUUUGGUUCUUAUUUUUUCAUCUUUCCUUGUCUAUCUUGUGGAAAAAGAUGCCAAUAAAGAGUUUUCUACAUAUGCAGAUGCUCUCUGGUGGGGCACAAUUACAUUGACAACGAUUGGCUAUGGAGACAAAACCCCCCUAACUUGGCUGGGAAGAUUGCUUUCUGCAGGCUUUGCGCUUCUUGGCAUUUCUUUCUUUGCACUUCCUGCCGGCAUUCUUGGCUCAGGUUUUGCAUUAAAAGUACAAGAACAGCACCGUCAGAAACACUUUGAGAAAAGAAGGAACCCAGCUGCCAACCUCAUUCAGUGCGUUUGGCGUAGUUAUGCAGCUGAUGAGAAAUCUGUUUCCAUUGCAACCUGGAAGCCACACUUGAAGGCCUUGCACACCUGCAGCCCUACCAAGAAAGAACAAGGGGAAACAUCCAGCAGUCAGAAGCUAAGUUUUAAGGAACGAGUACGCAUGGCUAGCCCCAGGGGCCAGAGUAUUAAGAGCAGACAAGCCUCAGUAGGUGACAGGAGGUCCCCGAGCACCGACAUCACCGCCGAGGGCAGCCCCACCAAAGUGCAGAAGAGCUGGAGCUUCAACGACCGAACCCGUUUCCGGCCCUCACUGCGCCUCAAAAGUUCUCAGCCAAAACCAGUGAUAGACGCUGACACAGCGCUUGGCACUGAUGAUGUAUAUGAUGAGAAGGGUUGCCAGUGUGAUGUAUCAGUGGAAGACCUCACCCCACCGCUUAAAACUGUCAUUCGAGCUAUCAGGAUUAUGAAAUUUCAUGUUGCAAAACGGAAGUUUAAGGAAACAUUACGCCCAUAUGAUGUAAAAGAUGUCAUUGAACAGUAUUCUGCUGGUCAUCUAGACAUGUUGUGUAGAAUUAAAAGUCUCCAAACACGUGUUGACCAAAUUCUUGGAAAAGGGCAAAUCACAUCGGAUAAGAAGAGCCGAGAGAAAAUAACAGCAGAACACGAGACCCCCGAUGACCUCAGUAUGCUCGGCCGGGUGGUCAAGGUGGAGAAGCAGGUACAGUCCAUCGAGUCCAAGCUGGACUGCCUACUCGAUAUAUAUCAACAGGUCCUCCGGAAAGGCUCUGCCUCCGCCCUCACUUUGGCCUCAUUCCAGAUCCCACCUUUUGAAUGUGAACAGACAUCUGACUAUCAAAGCCCUGUGGAUAGCAAAGACCUGUCCAGUUCCGCACAGAACAGUGGCUGCUUAUCCAGAUCAGCGAGUGCCAACAUCUCCCGAGGCCUGCAGUUCAUUCUGACGCCAAAUGAGUUCAGCGCUCAGACUUUCUACACGCUUAGCCCUACUAUGCACAGUCAAGCAACACAGGUGCCAAUGAGUCAAAGUGAUGGCUCCGCAGCAGCGGCCACCAGCAACAUUGCAAACCAAAUAAAUGUGGCACCUAAGCCAGCAGCCCCAACAACUUUACAGAUACCGCCUCCUCUCCCAGCCAUCAAGCAUCUGCCCAGGCCAGAGACCCUGCACCCGAACCCCGCAGGCUUGCAGGAAAGCAUUUCCGAUGUCACCACCUGCCUUGUUGCCUCCAAGGAAAAUGUUCAGGUUGCACAGUCAAAUCUGACCAAGGACCGUGCUCUAAGGAAAAGCUUUGACAUGGGGGGAGAGACUCUGUUAUCUGUCCACCCCGUGGUGCCCAAGGACUUGGGCAAAUCUCUGUCGGUACAAAACCUGAUCAGGUCGACAGAGGAACUGAAUAUACAGCUUUCUGGGAGUGAGUCAAGUGGCUCCAGAGGCAGCCAAGAUUUUUACCCCAAAUGGAGGGAAUCCAAAUUGUUUAUAACUGAUGAAGAGGUGGGUCCCGAAGAGACUGAGACAGACACGUUUGAUGCCAUGCCGCAACUUGCCGGGGAAACUGCUUUUGCAUCAGACUCUCUAAGGACUGGAAGAUCUCGAUCAUCUCGGAGCAUUUGUAAGGCAGGAGAAAGUACAGAAGCCCUCAGCUUGCCUCAUGUCAAACUGAAAUAAGGUCUCCGUUUUCCUUCUAGCAUAGCAGUUCCUUUAGCCAUACAUAUCAUUGCAUGAACUAUUUUGAAAGCCCUUCUAAAAAGUUGAAAUUGCAAGAAUCAGGAAGAACAUGAAAGGCAGUUUAUAAGCCCGUUAUCUUUUAAUUGCAUGAAAAUGCAUGUUUAGGGAUGGCUGAAAUUCCAAGGUACAUCAACAUUAACCCACUCAUUUAGUAACGUACCUUGUGUAAAAAUCCUGAGAAACCAAACACUGCUAAUGCUAUGGGGUGUGUGAAAAUGUCAAGAUUAGGUCACUUAGAAGAUUUGACUCUGUGUUUUGAAAUUAUGGUAGUAAUUGGAAGUAAACAACUUCAAAUUUCAGGCAUUUCUGCUUUGUGAUUAAAUACAAAAUACAUUUUCAAAAUUAGGCCAUAAUGUAUAUGUAAACACAAUGGCUACCAUCAACCGCUGCUAACAAGGUAUCGAGUAAAGCAGAACUUGGGAAUAAUAGAAAUGGCUGCUUCCUUCAAGAUAUAUUUGCCAACCCAUUCCUAUUCAGUCAUUUUAUUAUUAAUGUAAUUUGAAUGUCGGUCUGUGUGCUUUUGGUGAUUCAACGCUGUGGCAAGCAAUUUUGCACAUCAUUUUCAUGUUCUUUAUGACAAGAAUGUUCUUCAAUUAGAAAGCGUGCAAAUAAUGAAAUUCAGGGCCAGUGGGGCAAAUAGACUAUCUGACACAAGUGAUUUCACGGGAACAUAGUCCCUGAUGGCUGAAUCAACUUUAUACGUGGUCAACUUCUACACGCGCGAAUACAGUCCUCCUGAGUAGAAGGGCCAGUGCCCUGGGGCUGAUCUCUCUGCAACGCGCCACCCUGGCUUGCCAGGGCUACCCCAAGUGUGAGAAACCAUAUCGAGUGUGAGAAACCAUUCCCGCUGAACUGAUAAUACAGGCAGGAUCCUGGAGAAUUAGACAUUUGGGUGAGACUGAGAUGAGAAAGGCUUGAAAAGAAUCCAGACACAACACCAGGAAGUAGGUGAAGUUAACGAAAAUAGCUUUGCCCUCAGAAGGCAAUGAGAGGGAGAAAAACAAACCAAAAUAGAAGAACUUGAUCUUUUUAGAAGAUGAAUAUUGCUAGGGAAUUCAACUACCUAAACAUCCCUUAUUCUUAUAUAUAAACGGAGAAUUUUGCAAGGUAUUUAUUUUUUACUACACCCUGAAUGUUUUUUGCUAAUAACCUAGUACAUUUUGCAUAUGGAAGGCUACAACUCAACUUCCUUUACUUUUUAUACUGUAGCGAACAUUUUCUAUGCUCCCCCAAGAAUGUUGCCCCAAACCUCUAAUUAGGGGUUCCGUUUCCUGGUGUACACAUUCACAGUUAGAAGCCAGUACCCCCUGCAGGGUCUGCAGAUCAAAACACUGAAAUCAUAUAGCACAGCAGCAAGGACCCAAGGGAAACAAAAUGAGAGAUGCAUUUACCAGAAAGCAAGCCACGCCAACUGCUUGUUGGAAACCUGUCUAGCGGUCUCAGAACUUCAGCCAAGGUAACGGCAUUCAAAAGGCAAGGGGGAGCCAGAGAGCACUUCAGUUCAGUUCCACUCCAGCCACAGGCCUUAUGGAAGGAAGAGUUUUUUCCUUGGCAGAUAGUGCUCCUCCAAAAAAACCUUCAGCAGCCAGGAAGACAAAGCAGGGAUAGCAACUGGCUGUCCAAAGGCAGGAGGAGACCCUGAAAUCCACCCAUCCUGCCCACCUGGCUCCCCCAGCAGGCCGUCUCCAACCCCUGACUCUCCUCUGACCUUUCUUCUUCAUUAACUUCUCAGUUAGUUCCCUGCCACUGUUUUGCUCCUGACCUUCGCCAGGCUUUACCCGGUCUCCAUCCCCAAGUAAACCACUUCUCCGCUCUUCCUCAGAUAGGCUUCUCAACCUUUGAAAAUCCUUGUCCCUUUUGAUAAACACUGAAAUUCUAAACGCCUCCUCUUCUCAACCCACCUGGAUUCUAGCACACUCCCCUGGAAUGUAUCAUUCAGCAUCUUCUUGGCUGCUGGAGACAUGCAGAAGUUAGGGUCUAAAUUUUUUCUCCAGUCAAAAAAAGAUUUUACCAAGCUUUUAAAGCAACGGUUUUCAUUUUUGAAGCACAGAAUUUUAGUAAAUUAUGAAAUGCAAUUUUUCACCUACUAUGUCUCCACUCAAACUGAACUUGUGAUACACCCUCCCAAGGAGGUGGUACACACACACACACACACACACACACACACACACACACACACACACACACACACAUCAUUCCACUGACCUAAAGCCAGACACCUGCCAUGCACUUGGCAGGCUCUCUCCAAUUAUCAGUCGAGGAAGAGGAGGGAGGCAGCAACUUUCAGGUAGCACUGAUUCCUGGACACACCCUGUCCUGGGUCGAACCCCACUGGCAGCAGGAAUUCUGAAUGUACUGGGGACCCCUCCUUAGGCCUCUCUAGGCCUCCAACACAGUACAGUUCAUCCAGCGUUGCUGAAGACUGAAGAUUCAGAAACAAGCCCUAAAUGCAUCACUGAGGUCUUAAUCAUAGCAAAAUGUGAUAAACCACAAUGCGAAAAACUUUUAUACAUUGAAGCCAUGACCAUUUUGUGUGUAUACCUUACUCUAGCACAAAAACUCUUGGAUGUUCAAAGAUAGUUGUAUGAAAGCUGUAGGGUUUUGUCUGUUGUGUUACUCUCUACGGAGUUGAGAGGGGUCUCCCAUUUACUCUUAGCAAAGUCCCAGUAGUCGAUGCCAAAUGGUGUCUUGAAGCACAAUUUAGCUGAGCACUGAGCAGCCACAUGCUUUCUCAGUUCAAGUUUGUCUGCCUUCUUCAAUAUGUAGGGUUGAUCAAGCUAACACUGGCAAACAUCCCUUAUAUGAGGUUGACUAAAAAUAUUGCUGUGUCUGGUCUAAAUGUUUGCAUUUUGUUCAAUUAAAUUAAUAUCUGUAGGUUGCAAGUUUUGUUUUAAGUAAGAGACACUUUAUUGAGUUUUUAAGUCUUUAUCUCCUGUUCAAAGGUGCCUUUCUCACCUCCCAUUGACUCAGUGAUUCUGAAAGUUUAUAAUUUGCAGGUGAAACAAGUCUAAUAGAGAGGAGGAAAUCAGGCACAGUGACUAAUUCUCAUGCCCAUUGGCAAAGCAAAACUACAAGAAAGAACGAAACCUGAGCAACUAAAUUAAUGGAUCACUUCAUCCAACCAGACUGAGAAAAUGUCAGAAACAUUAACUUAUCUCCCCAGAAGCUGAUAUUUUUUGCCUUAAAUGACAUGGUUGUGUUUUUGUAAGAGAAACUUAAUAUAAUUACGUGCAUUUUAAGUGAGCAGUUCUAAAAGUCGAGUAUGAGAAUACAGUUGUCUGUUCCUGAGAACAAAUCAAUCAGGAAUAUCAUACCCAUCUCAAGCUAUCAUUGAAAUGUAAUCUCCUUUGCUCUCUUUUACUGGGCUCAUUUGUUUUAAAGUAAAACAUUAAAAAGAUGUCUAUAAACAGUGUGACUAUUUUUAUCUGGAACUAACUGGUUGGUUCUGAACUGACUGAUCCCAGUCAACCGAACUGGCUGUGUACAGAUUUGGGGCUGAAAUACAAAAGUUAUCUUCCUGCAGUGUCAGUGAAGAAAUCAUUGGUAAUUUGGGGAGGGGGAGAUUUGCAAAUGUUUUUGAGAGUGUAUCAUAAGAAAAAUUAAUUAGAUGUUAAUCAAAACUCAGAAAGCAGCGCAUGUGAGCUUUGUAUUAACUAUAAUAAAAGGGUGUGCUAAACAAGUAAUAGGAAAUCACUGGGGGACCAGGCAGGUGCGCCAACCUGCAGCCCCUGGCUACUCAGAACUACCAUGUUUAGCAUCCAGCCAGCCCUGCCUUACCAGGGGAGGACUUCUCCAAAAGCGAUCUUUUCCUUCUUCCCUAAGAUGGCCCGUUCCUUCUGUUUUCCUAGUAAUUUUGCUCUAAGUAUCCAUGAUUAAUUCAAGUGGAAUGUUAGGACUCUGGAAUACUAAGUAACAAAGCCCUAACAGAGGCACUUGGGACAGGAGGAAGAAGUGAGGGAGUGUUAUCCUGGAGGAUAAGGUGAGGGGACUUCCCACUAUCGCUCUGAGACCAAACAGGUAUGUGCCUAGACCUGAGUGAAAAUAAAAUUGUUUAUGGAACGUGCCUGCUUAAUCAACUUAAAAGUGUAAAUCACUUCCAAACACUUUUGAACUAGUUUAUAGCACAAUCUCUCACCCCCACCAUUUAAAAGCAAAAUUUACUUAUGACAACUAUUCUACCUUGACCAUUGAUAAAAAUAGUUUCCCGUACCUUGAAGCAGCAACUUUUAUUAGCCUGGCUUUAACUGCUUCAAAAAUGUGUGAGUAAAAAUUGUGGCUUUUUUUUUAUUACAUUUUCAUUACAACAAGAUGUCACCUUCUAGCCUACCUAACUGCAAAUUAUUGAAGAUUUUACUACAUUUCAAAGCAGAAAUUUUUCAGAUGCAUUGUGUAUAAACUAUAGAUUUAUGCAAGGCCCUGGAAAUUACAGCACCACAAAACUGGUAAAUGGCAAAAUGU